AUGUCCAACAAUCAAGACGUUCAUAAUUCCUUUGAGAGCGAUUGGACAAGCUUCCGGCGCAUAAUAGAAGAGCAGAUCGGGGCGGUUCAAAAUGAGGAAGAUUUGGUACAAUCUAAAAAUGCAGAGCUGGACUCAGCCAUCUCUCAGGCUCGCGAGCUUGUUAACACAACGCCAGAUUGCCACAAAGACAAACCAGACAGGCUGUACUCCCUAGGGAAACGGCACCAGAAUAGGUACCUGAGCUUUUUGCCAUCAGGACCCUACUUGAGUGGCCACUUGAGUCAAGAUUAUCAAAAGAGAAAGGCAGCGGAGAUAACAGAGGCUGUACGAUUAUUUGAAGAGGCACUCGCGAGGACACCAGAAAGACAUCCCAAAAGGCCACUCUGGCUGCAUUCUCUCGGAACAGGACUACAGGCACAAUAUUUCGAGACUGGGGAGAUAGAUAAACUCGAGACUGCUAUUAUUAGGCUGGAGGAAGCGGUAAACGCAACACCGCACUAUGAUUCCUUCCUCCCAGAUCGCCUACGCUCACUGGGGUCUGCCUAUCGCAGCAAGUAUGACUUAACCGGAAUUAUCGAAGAUUUGGAGUUAGCAUUCCAACAUCAUCAGAGAGCAGUCGAGGCUACGAACUCGGAUGACGCAGAGUGGACGAAUCGGCUGUUUAACCUCGGGGAGCUGCACUUCACACGAUACAAGCGCUUGAAUGCAAUCGCAGACUUGGAAGCAGCCUUGGAGAAGUUCCAAAAAGUAAAUAGUGCAACCCGAAGCGAUGAGCCAGAACUUGCAGAAAGAUCGCAAGCUCUGGCAAAUGUCCUGUACGAGAGGCACUUGAGGCUAAAAACUCGCAAGGACCUCGUGAUGUCCAUCGGCUUUUUUGGCGAGGCGCUUAAUGAAUCGCGGACUCCUCUGCUCCGGGCUCAUAUGCUCCAUUCGAUUGGCCUAGCUCAUCAAGCAAUGUUCCGUGAAGAAGGAGCACCGAUGUUGAUCAACAUAUCAAUUGCGUAUCACCAAAGGGCCCUCGAUACAAUGCCGAGUGAUCAUAAAGGACGGGGAGAGUUCUUACAUUCUCUAGGUGAAAGUCAUUUUCUGAAGUACGACUCGGGGGCAAGCAGAGGAACAACAGAUAUAGACAGUGCGUGUCAACGAUUUCAAGAAGCGCUGGAUGAAACGCCAAAUGACCUACCAGAGCGAACAAAGCGCCUCCAUUCUCUCUGCAAGGCAACCAUCUACCAAGCCGUGGAAGCAGGACGUGAUCCAAGUGCAGUACAGAUCCUACAACACCUACAUGAAGCCUUUGCCAAUACCUCAUCCCCAACUUCGAGCCGAAUUCGUGUAGGGAAGCAGUUAUAUGCGCUGCAUGUAGAAUGUGAAGAGUGGUCGCUUGCCUCCGAAGUGGCCCAAAUGACUAUUUCUCUGAUUCCUAAACUCGCGCCUCGCUCUCUUGAGAAUCCAGACAAGCAGAACUUACUCGCCGAGGUGGCCGAUAUCGCCUCUGAUGCUGCCGCACUUGCCUUGAAGACAGGCAAACCCCCUUAUGAGGCCAUUCGACUCCUAGAACUUGGGCGUGGAGUACUCGGCGGGUCGCUGAGAGAACUGCGCACGGAUAUAUCCAAGCUCCAGGCGAAAAAUCCUAGAUUGGCAGAGGAAUAUUGCAGGAACCGAGAUCAACUGGAGGCCUCGACAUCGUCCGCUGAUCGGUUCAAUCAGCGGUAUGAGGCGGGACAAAACAUUGAGCGAACGAUCCGAGCCAUUCGGCAACUUCCCCAGUUUAGUCAAUUCAUGAUGGGACCUUCCGAAGAUGAAAUGAAAGCACUCGCUGUUAUGGGGCCGAUUGUCAUUAUUAACGUCAGCUACUACGGUUGCCAUGCUCUUAUCGUGGAGAAGAGUGGGAUCAAAGCACUGAAACUUCCAGGUAUGAGGAGAGAGGGUAUGAGGUUUCGUGGACUAAGUUUGAACCUGUUGGGUUGGCUAUGGGACGUAAUUGCAGAUCCCAUUCUUAACGCGCUUGGAUUCACAGAGACACCAAAGGGCGAGUGGCCACGUGUGUGGUGGAUUCCAACUGGGCGCCUGGCCAAAUUUCCUCUUCACGCAGCAGGGCAUCAUGUUGAUGGAUCCUCACGAGUAGUCUUGGAUCGGGUCAUUUCAUCCUACAGUUCCUCGAUACAAGCACUUAUUCAAAACUAUGAGAACGAUUCUACGGCAGGGCGUUUGAAAGAACUAGGCAAGAUCCUCUUGGUCGGCAUGGAAAAGACGCCAGGUCAUAUGAACCUCCCCUUCGUUCCGCGGGAAAUCGACAAGCUCCGAAGCAUUUGUGGAUCCAUGGAGGUCCAUGUAGCUGGAGGUGACUCUUCCCUGGAAAGCAUCCUAUCGGCCUUGAAGGACUGCGACAUCUUUCAUUUUGCGGGCCACGGUCACACCAACCCGUCAGACCCGUCAUAUAGCUCUUUGCUUCUGGGGGAUGGUGGCAAGCAGCUCACUGUAUCAGCUCUCCUGAAGAUGAAUCUAUGGACGCGAAUGCCGUUUCUCGCCUAUCUAUCCGCUUGUGGAACCGGGCGAAUCAACCAUGAUGAACUUAUCGACGAGGCCCUUCAUCUGAUCAGUGCUUUCCAACUUGCCGGCUUCCGACAUGCCAUUGGCACUAUGUGGGAGGUCAAUGAUGAACUAUGUGUAGAAGUCGCGGGUGCUACGUACCAGUGGAUGAAGAGCCACAAUAUGAGUGAUGCUUCUGUGAGUGAGGGUCUUCAUCGAACGAUCCGGGAGCUUCGUGCCAAGUGGGUAACUGAAAAUGAACUUCGAGCGGCUAAGCGCAUGUCAGAGAGUGAGAAAAGAGACGGCAUUAUUAACCAUAAAACAGGUUCGUUUGAAGGGUUGGCGAGGGACAUGAUCCUUAUCCCAGAAGAGGAGUUACCACUUUCUUGGGUUCCAUAUGUUCACUUUGGCUUUUAA